AUGCCUGGUCUCGCGCGCAAGGUCAUCAUCUGCGCCGCCGUAGAGGGCCUAAUCAUCCAGCCACUUUCCACCAAAGGCCAGCGACCCUUUAAGCCCGUGCAAAUAAAAUAUGCUGAUGCCUCUAUAUCGGCUGUGUCUAGAGAGCAUAUCCCCGAUAUAUCAGCCGCAGACUCUUCUUUUGAAGCCUUCGGCGUGAUAGGUGAGCCCCCAAGCAUUCCAGCCCAAAAUACAGCCCUGACCAUCCUAGGUCUCAUCACGGUAUCAAAGCUCAGUUACCUUGUCACAAUUACCAAGAGGAAGCAAGUCGCACAGAUUUUUGGCUUUCCUAUAUAUGUUGUUACCGGGGUUGCAGUCACUCCUUGCACCUCACAACCUGAUGCAGUUGCCUCGAUUCGUCGAACCGUGAGAUGGCUUGACGACCGGCCCUCUGUCGCAGAUCAAGAUGCCGAGAGUAGUGACGAGUAUGUUGAACUACCCUCGGCUUCUUCGGCUGACGAGGUAGAUGAUGCUGCAAGCGAUAAUGGUGAUCACGAUCUAAAGUCAUCGCGCAGCAGCAUCGCCGAGGACGUCAUCCGUCGAAAGGGCAGCUACGGCAGGUUCGCACAACGCUGGUUCAGUGGUAAGGGCUGGACGGUGGAUAAAAGACGAUCCCUAGGCCUCAGCGAUGCCGCAAACAAUCUCACGUUGCCGGAAACAGCUGGCGAACCGAGGAAGGUCCCAGUAGACGACGAGGAUCCUCAGCGGCCCGCUACCACUUUGCUUCCGAAGCUUCUCAGAGCGAUGUACCUCCUCUUUGCCAAAUCGCAAAGCUUUUACUUUUCAUACGACAUGGAUAUCACAGGGCGACUAUCCAACAAAAUCCCCGCUACACAGGCCGACGUUCCGAUACAUACCCAAGCAGAUGAAGUAUUCUUUUGGAACAAGCACAUGAUAAACGCGCUUAUCGAGGCCGGUCAAGACGAACUUGUUCUCCCGCUCAUGCAGGGCUUUGUUGGACAAAAGACAUUCAUUGCAGACCGCAGUCCACCCCAAGUCGAUGAGCCCAAGAUGGAGUCUGUUGAGCUAAGCAAUCUCGCACCGAAAGAACCGCCAGCAAGUCAGACCGCAUCUGCCAGCUCUCGAAACUCUCUAGAGCUUCGAGACUCUGAGAGCAAAUACUUUGUAACGCUCAUAUCACGUCGAUCGACAAAGCGUGCAGGCCUGCGCUACUUGCGUCGUGGUAUCGACGAGAAUGGUUUCGUAGCCAACAUGGUUGAGACAGAGCAAAUUUUGUCACGCUGCAGUUGGGAUACGGCGUUUCCGACAUACUCGUUUCUACAAAUUCGAGGGAGCAUCCCACUCUUCUGGACACAGACCGCGUAUGCGUUGAAACCAGUACCCGUUCAGCAGCAUUCAGCAGACGAAAACUAUAAAGCGCUGAAGCUGCACUUUGAGAGCCUGGCGAGAAACUAUGGGCUGGUGCAGAUAGUGAACCUAGUUGAAAAACAAGGUGUCGAGAAAUCGAUCGGUGAUGCGUACAAGAAAAACGUGGAGCGACUGAACGAGGAAGGAAGCUGCGGGCUUGUGCCAUUUGAGUGGUUCGAUUUUCAUCAUGCAUGUCGCGGGAUGAAGUUUGAGAAUGUCAGCGACUUGCUGCUUUUACUCAAGGACAAGCUGGAGGAAAUGGGCAGCACCGUUCUAAAUGCUGGCAACGUAACAUCCUCCCAAAGCGGCACUUUUCGCACCAACUGCAUGGAUUGCUUGGACCGAACCAACGUCUGUCAGAGCUCCUUUGCCAAGCAUAUGCUCGAAGUCCAAUUGAAAGCGGAAGGGAUCGAUAUGAGCGCGCAACUGGACCAGGAGACAAUGUGGUUCAAUACGCUCUGGGCAGAUAAUGGCGACGCGGUUUCCAAUCAGUAUGCCUCGACUGCUGCUAUGAAGGGUGACUAUACUCGCACCCGAAAGCGCAAUUACAUGGGCGCUUUGAACGACGCCGGUCUAUCGCUUGCACGCUUGUAUUCCGGGUAG